AUGUCGUCCUCUAUUACCUCUCAGAACCGAUUCGCCUACUUCGGCAACGACGAAGAUGGCGAUGCCAAACCCGCUGCCCCCGUCAAGACUGUCGACAAGGCCACCACCCACACCACCAAGCGCAAUGUCGAGCCCCAGGCUCCCGUGAGAGCUGGUGGUGCUACUGGCAACCGUCGUGGCGGCCCUGGUGGUAACGAGGGCGCUUUCCGUGACCGCAACGCUGGCAGCUCUCGCAACCAGGCUCGCUCCACCGAUGACGCUCCCCGCGAGGGCGGCGCUCGUGGUGGCGCUGGUGCCCGCGUUCGUGGCGGCCGUGGUGGCCGUCGCCCCCGUGACCAGGAUGACCGUCACUCGCGCCAGAACCGAGACACUACUGCUAAGCAGACUGCUCAGGGCUGGGGCUCUACUGAGGGUAACGCCGAGCUCAAGGAUGAGCAGGCCGGCGAGGCUAUUGCUGAGGGCGACAAGAACGUCACUGCUGAGCCUGAAGCUGAGCCCGCUGAGCCUGAGGACAAGAGCGUCUCCUACGCCGACUACCUCGCCCAGCAGGCCGAGAAGAAGCUGGCUCUUGGCGGCCACAAGGUCCGUGAGGCCAACGAGGGCAGCAAGCUCGACAAGAAGUGGGCUGGUGCCAAGGCCCUCGAGAACGACGAGGAGGAGUACGUCUCUGCCGUCGGCGGCAAGAAGCAGCGUGAGCGUGAGCGCAAGGUCAAGCAGACCAUCGACUUCGACCCUCGCUUCGUCGAGUCUGACCGUCCCCGUGGCGGUGCCCGUGGUGGCGCCCGCGGUGGCGCCCGUGGUGGUCGUGGUGGUGACCGUGGUGACCGUGGUGACCGUGGUGACCGUGGCGACCGUGGCGACCGUGGCGGCCGUGGCGGCGAGCGCGGCGGCCGCGGCGGCGAGCGCGGUGCUCGUGGUGGUGCUCGUGGCGCUCAUUCUGGUGCUGCUAACAUCAACACCAAGGACGAGUCCGCCUUCCCCAGCCUUGGCGGCAAAUAA